AUGGCGAAUGCGACAAUGACCUCGGAGCUACCGCCUUUGCCCGAGUACACCCUUUCCCCAAUGCCCGAUCUCCUGCCCUUCAUCUCCGACUUUUGGCUUUCCCUACUCGCGCCGCACAUCUGCUACUGGGCCGUGUCAAUGGUUUUCCACAUUAUCGAUAUCUAUGAUUUGUUCCCUCAGUAUCGCCUCCAUACCCCCGAAGAGAUCGCACAACGGAAUCUGGCAUCACGAUGGCAGGUGGCGCGCGACACCGUCCUCGAGCAGAUCAUUCAGGUCUGCACCGGCGCAGUUCUGUCUUUGACCGAGGAUGUACAGAUGGUCGGAAAGGAGGACUAUGAUGUAGCUGUCUGGGCGACCCGGAUUCGCCUGGCCCAGCGCGCAUUGCCCACGAUGCUUCGCGUUGUCGGUCUCAAUGCUACGGCUAUCUCAAAGAGCAUGUCCGCCUCGCAUCCCUUGCUCGCCGGAGCUCUUGCCGGUGGCCACUAUCCGUUCCUGACGACAUCGCUCGCCGGGGCUGCCGGCUCUGCUCAAGUCGUUCCAGCCUUUGCUGCGUGGGAGCUGAAUCUCGCCAAGGCAAUCUACUGGGCUCUCAUUCCGGCCUUCCAGACUUUGGUUGCUGUCGUCUUCCUGGAUGCAUGGCAAUAUUUCAUGCACCGAGCCAUGCACGUGAACAAGUGGAUGUACACUCACUGGCAUGCCAGACACCACAGACUCUAUGUUCCCUACGCAUACGGCGCUCUGUACAACCAUCCGGUCGAAGGCUUUUUCAUGGACACACUCAGCGCCGCCUUUGCCUAUAAGGUCUCCUUCAUGACCCAGAGAAUGGGCAUAUACUUCUUCGCCGCCAGCAUGAUGAAGACGGUCGAUGACCACUGCGGCUAUGCCCUCCCGUGGGAUCCGCUGCAGAGGAUGUCGAGCAACAACGCCGCAUACCACGACAUCCACCACCAAAGCUGGGGCAUCAAGACCAACUUCUCCCAGCCGUUCUUCACCGUCUGGGACAAGUUACUCGGAACCAUGUGGGAGGGCGACACCAGCCUCAAGUAUGCCCGCGGCAAGGCCAAUGCGGAAGCAAAGGCUGCCAAGAGCAAGACGGCUAAGGCCCAAUAG